AUGGCUGCCCAGCACCUUUGUCCCCUGCUUUUCACCUGCCUGCUGGCUCUGGCAGCAUGUCUGCCUGCCUUGGACAUCAGAAACUUGCAUCUCCUCAAUGGCACGCUGGAUGAGAUCAUGAACGUUCCCCCAGAAUCCUCCCAGUCUGGCUGGCCCAAAGACUGCAGCGAGAUCCCUGCUGGCAGCCGCAGCGGUGUCUACAUCAUCCAGCCGAAAGGGCUCCACCACAUUGUGGUGUACUGUGAAAUGAAUGUGACACAUGGGGGCUGGACGGUCAUCCAGAGGAACCAGAAAGACACACCAGUCACCUGGGCUGAGUCCUGGAGCACCUACAAGUACGGCUUUGGGAACGUGCGCACUGAGUACUGGCUGGGCACUGAGUACAUCCAUCAGAUUGCCAAGCAGAAGGUCUACCAGGUCAGAUUUGUCAUCCAGGACUCCUCAGACAAUAUCAAUUUUGCAGACUACAACCUCUUCAGUGUGGAAGAUGAGUCCCACGGCUACCGGCUGAGGCUGGGCUCCUACACAGGGACAGCAGGGGAUGCCAUGACCUCAGACAAUCCCAAGACCAUGCACGACAACAUGAAGUUCUCCACAAAGGAUCGAGAUCAGGACACUUACAGUAAGAACUGUGCCUACAGCUAUGAGGGUGGGUGGUGGUAUUCAGCCUGUUACUCUGUACGGCUGAAUUUCAAGGGUGGCAUGACAUGGGGCAGCCUGUGCAAAGGGAACUGCAAAUCCUCCCUUAUCCUCAUCAAACCAGCUUCAUAUUGUUAG